CCGCGUCACAGACGGGUCACAUUUCUAGAAGCUUCUGCCUUGCGACCACUGGUACAGCCCGUAAUGCUUGUUGGCACGGCUGCUGUAUUGUGAGCCUGAACUGAAUAAAAGGGUUUAAAGUGAGCAGAGUGAGGUUUAGAGCGUUAGCAUAGCUAGCUUAACGCACCGUAAACACGGUCGCACUGUCCGUGUUGUCUUCACUGUGUUCCUCUCUGGUUCCUCUCACACACAGUGCUGUCUGCUGUCUGCUGUCUGUCUGCUGGACUGAGCAGCAUGGACCCGCGGAAAGUGUCGGAGCUGAAGGGCUUCGUCCAGAUGUUGGAGUCCAGUCCGGAGAUCCUGCACCUUCCAGAGAUGAGCUUCUUCCGGACCUGGUUGCUGGGAAUGGGUGCAACAAUCCCUACCCCACCCAAGACAGAGAGGCCAUGCCAGGGUGGCUGUCCUUGUGGUCCUCCACCUACAUCAGCUCCACCUCCUGAGCCAGAGCGUCCUGUACUGUCUGAGAAUGAGGAGAGUGAUAUAGAAAUGGACAAUGAGGGAGUGAUUGAACCAGACACUGAUGAACCACAGGAGAUGGGAGAGAUUGACAGCAUUGAGGUCACAGAGGAGAUGAUGGACGAGGCCAGUGAGAAGAAGAUGGCGGCUAUUGAUGCUCUAGGAGAAGGUGAUCUGCAGAAAGCUCUGGAUCUUUUUACCGACGCCAUCAAGCUGAACCCCUGCGUAGCCAUCAUGUACGCCAAGAGGGCAAGUGUCUUUAUCCAGAUGCAGAAACCCAACGCGGCCAUAAGAGACUGUGACAGAGCAAUCAGCAUCAACCCAGACUCUGCACAACCUUACAAGUGGAGGGGAAAAGCUCACAGGCUGCUGGGCCACUGGGAGGAAGCAGCCAAGGACCUGGCCACAGCCUGUAAACUGGACUAUGACGAGGACGCCAGUGCGAUGCUGAAGGAGGUCCAGCCUAAGGCUAACAGAAUCAUUGAACACAGACGCAAAUACGAGCGUAAGAGAGAAGAGAAGGAUGUCAAGGAGAAACAAGAGCGGGUAAAGAAAGCCAGAGAGGAGCAUGCACGGGCUCAGAGGGACGAGGAAGCACGGCAGUUUGGAGGAGGAUUCUUCCCAGGUGCUGCUGGAUUCCCAGGCGGAGCUCCUGCCGGCAUGCCAGGUCUCGGUGAACUCCUGAAGGAUCCUGAGCUGCUCAACGCCAUGAAGGACCCUGAGGUGAUGACAGCUUUCCAGGAUGUGGCACAGAACCCAGCAAACAUCUCCAAGUACCAGAACAACCCCAAAAUCAUGGCGCUAGUCACCAAGCUGAGUUCCAAGUUUGGAGCGUCACCACAGCCAUAGAGAUGAGGAAAGGAGCGAAGAUGAGAGGGGAGAGCGGAUGGAUGGGUGAAUCGAUCUGGAGAGCCACAACGCUUUUCAACUAUUAUUCCACUGUGUGCAGAUCAAACAGGGGAGUGGGUGACGGGUUAUUUGGUGUCAGGUAAAGAAAGUGAGGCUACUUUUUAAAUGUUCUUAAAUCAGCCUGUUAGUUCUUAGCAACUUCCCAACAAGGUUAGGAGUCAGGUUUGACGUCCUAUGACUCGUCUCCACUGGGACUCUACUUAACCACAGGUUGACAUUUCCUAACGUGUAUCUGGAAAAGCUAAACUGGGAGAUCCUGCAUUAAGACACUCGCUCACAAACAUUUUUACAGCCAUUUAUUACGUGGUAACGGUUUAGCUACCGGUCUUUUCCUUUCUCCGAACAGCCGAACUCUCACACACAAGCGUCAGGUGUUUUUGUUAUCAGAUCCGUUAUUAUAAAAUGCAAAAAAAAAAAGUCACUAAUGUUGAUGUCUGACCCUGUUGAAAAUUGAUUCCCAAUAAUAAAAACCUCUGUUGCUGCA